UCUCUUUCAGAAUCAGUUGAUUACAGAGGUAAAGAGUUCGUCUUGAGCUUCUCGCCUCAACAUCUAGGGUAUCUCUUUUCUGGAAACAAUACACUCUACAUAUCCAGCUUCGAAAAUGGCACGGUUCGUGUCCACGUGCCUUCUCUCACGAACUUUCCAGAGAAGUCGUACGCCUUGUCAGCUGGAGGUUUAACAAUAGUUCAACUGUCGGGAAAUGCACGCACAAAUGGCACCUCAGGACUAAAGAAAAAAAAAGGUAUCCGAAUCACGGCCGACAAGCCCAUGUCUGUGCAGGGAUUAGCAAAUGCGACCCAAAAAGUAGAAGGGUUUCUUGGGUUGCCUGUGGAUGCUCUUGGUAUGUUUUACAUAGCAGCGGCUUAUCACCCUGUGAUCAAUGCUGUAAUUCAGGUCGUAGCGAUUGAGGAUAACACCACUGUCACGAUUACAUUGCGAACGAACGGUAAAGUACAGUACCAGGAUAAUUGGUAUGGAAACGGUCACAUCAUAAGCGAAACUUUAAAUGAUUUAGACGUGUUUCAAGUUUUGGCUGACCAGGAUCUCACAGGCACCAUUAUAAGGUCGACAAAGCCAGUCGCAGUAUUUACUGGGGAUGACUGCACCAUGGUGCCUGAAAAUAAACCGCCAUGCAAUCACCUAGUGGAGCAGAUCCCUCCCGUAUUCCUUUGGGGGAAAGUGUUUGUUACCAACCCCACGCCUAACAGCCCAGGGGGAGACGAAUUUCAUAUAAUAGCGUCUCAAAAUACAGAAGUUAAGGUUGAUUCUCAAUACAAAGUGACGUUAGACCAAGGAGAGAAAUAUAAGAUCGAUGUAUCAUGGAACAGGUCCUCGGUGAUCAGUACUACUCAACCGAGUCUUGUGAUGCAAUACUCCAAAGCCGGAAAAAGCCCUUCCAUGAAUGUAGUACCUCCGAUGCAGUCUUUCACUAACGACUACACAGUUUAUGUUCCUCAAGAUGAUCAAGGAAACACUUUUGACUGCUAUGUAAAUGUCGUUAUUGACACUGCUUCACGAAGCGGUCUUCGCGUGAAGGGUGCAGGCAGCAUUGUUAAGAACUGGACCACAAUUCUUGGCUCUGGGGGGUUCUCAAGAGCUUCGAUUCAUUUGACCAGUGUUGGUUCCCAUCAUGUGUACCACGAAAACCCGCUGACAACAUUUUCUGCAGUUUUUUACGGAAUGAAUCGCAAUGGAAUGUUGUUUGCUAUGCCGGCUGGGAUGGAACUGCAACUGCAGUCACUGCAAUUGCAACGGCAGUCACUAGACGAUACUUGUAAGCCCACAAACACUGUGGGUGGAGACAACAUUGAUAAUGAUUGCGAUGGUCUCACGGAUGAAGAAUUAAAGAAUGGAGUUGACGAUGAUUCAGAUGGUAGGAUUGAUGAAGACUUAGUCACGCCUGUGCCUACAUUAACCACGCCCAAAAAUUUCGUGACAACCUUAUGCAAUAGAUCAUCUGAUGUGUUCAAUGCAGGUACCGCAAGGGGCUCAGCUCACGGCGUGUGUAAGGCUCGUGGGGAAGCCAAAAUCUCACACAUGGAUAAUAUCGUGAGCAACAACACGUGUGGGCGCAUAACUGACCGAGUGUGGAAUAUUACAGAUUCAUGUGGUAAUUCUGUC